CCAAUCACAUUGUCCCAGGUCACACACAGCAAAUGUACAGGAAGGAAAGAUGGCAGCCAGAAAUGGGAAAAAUGGUCUACUUGAGAAAUGGAGGAUUGAUGAGAAACCUGUGAAGAUUGACAAAUGGGAUGGUGCAGCUGUCAAGAAUUCUCUUGAUGAUGCAGCGAAGAAGGUCCUCUUGGAGAAGUAUGGUUAUGCAGAGAACUUCAAUCUCGUAGAUGGACGUCUCCUUAUUUGCACAAUCUCCUGCCUCUUCGCCAUUGUAGCUUUAAUUUGGGACUUCCUUUAUCCAUUCCCUGAGUCCAAGCCAGUCCUGGCAAUCUGUGUCAUAUCGUAUUUCAUAAUGAUGGGCAUUCUAACCUUAUACACCUCCUACCAAGAAAAGAACAUCUUCCUUGUUUGUGUCCAGAAGGACCCGGCUGGCAUGGACCCUGACCACACUUGGCAGCUUUCAUCUAGUCUGAAAAGGUUUGAUGACCAGUACACACUAAGAGUGUCCUUCACAGAUGGGAAGUCCAAACACACGCGGGUGCAAGAGAUCACGAAGUCUGUGGGGGCUUUCUUUGACGGGAACGGAACGCUGGUCAUGGACCAGUUUGAAAAGUGCGUGUCAAAACUCCAUGAUACCUUGGCCACUGAAAAGAAGACAAAAUAAUAAUGAUCAGACAUAGCCUUCUUUACAAUGCUGCACCACACUGGCAGAAACCGCAGUAGAGCACACUGGUAUUGUACGGUCCUGGGUGCAUUUGAAUGAGUUAUUGGUUGUUAUAAAAGUCUGCACGCCAGCA